AUGUGGUGCCUGGAGCAGCUCUGUCUGGGUCCUGAGCGACUCCUGGGGCGUGGGGACUGGCUUCUCUGGGGUCGCGCCCCUCAAUCCACCUCCGUCAAGUCCACAGCAUUUGCCAACGUGCUCACUCCAGAACGCAUCCCUGAGUUCUGCAUCCCGCCGCGACUCGCGCCUGGUCUUGGCCCCGCUGCACUCCGAAACUCUCGGGACAAAGACUGGGGGACAGACGAGCGCGCUCGUCACACUGACUGGGACCCGCGCUCGCAGGCCGCGCUCUCGCUGCCGCACCUGCCCCGCGCGCGCACCGCCUACGGCUUUUGCGCGCUGCUCGAGAGCCCGCACACCCGCCGCAAGGAGUCGCUCUUUCUCGGGAGCCCUAGUGUCGCCGCGCUCCUUCGGUCGCCGGCAGCUCGGCCCGCUCCCCGCCCCCGGGCGCACACCUACUCCGGUGGCGGUGGAGACAACCCCCGUACGCCCCAGGGUCUUUCGCGAACCCCGAACGGAGUCCCUACUGCGUCCCCUGGCGACCCCAGCCCUCUCGGGGACACGCUUGUCCCGCGGCCCGGGACCUGCCGCUUCCUGCGCGCCCCCGACGGACUGCUGAGCCGCGCGCUGAGAGCCCGGAGGAGUCGUAGCCUGGCCCGGGCCCGCUCCAUCUCCCCCAGGGACGAGGACGAAGAACGCAGUGUCAGCCCAGGGAACCCAGCCUGUGACGCAUCCGUGUCCCCGCCGCCGCCGCCGCUGCCCCACAGCCCGCGACCCGAGCGCCUGGAGGCCGAGGGCACCGUGACUCUAGACCGCGCCGGCGGUACCCUGCGCUUGGCUGCCGAGUACUGCCGGGACAGCGGGCGCCUCCGCAUCCGGCUGCUGCGCGCAGAGGGCCUGGCCGGGGGCGCCGGCGAGUCCCGCGCAGUCGGCUGCCGCGUCAGCUUGGUCCUGCAGCCACCGGGCAAGACGCGCAAGCAACACAGCGCCUUGGUCCGGCGGAGCCGCAACCCGGUCUUCGAGGAAGACUUCUGCUUCGACGGGCUCACGGAGGACGAGGUGCGCCGCAUGGCCGUGCGCAUCAAGGCCGAGAACAAGGGCCACGGGCUGGAGAGGAGCCGCCUGCUGGGCCAGGGCGAGUUGCUGCUUGGCUCCCUCUUGCUCCUCUGA